ACGCGGGGACCACCCUCCACUAGCGGAGGCGGGUCGGAGCGCUCCUGGCAGUCUGGGCGGUCUCGGCCCCUCGCCGCUGCCGCCGCGCGGUGAUUCCCGUAGAGCCGCGCGCGCCCCCGGCGGUGCAAGCUCCCAGGCCGCGAGGAGAGCUGCAGGAGCCAGCGGGACGCAAUGCGAGCCAGAUGUUCUCCAGCCCAGGGUUUGCAAGUCCCACACAGACACUCAUCUCUCCCAAUUGAGUGAUGGGCCCAGCUCAGCUACGUUCAGUGCCUGGGAUGUUGUGUGUCCUCUAUAUGUGCCUGUGUCCCCGACGCUUAGAGGCUGUCAUCCGAUGACCCCUGUGAAGGACACCCACAGACCUGAGGGACCUCAUCAGAGUGCAGGACCCACGUGUUUUAGUUAUCUUGUCAGCCCCUCUGGAGCUUAGAAGGAACGGAGCCCGAGUGAAGAUUUGGGAAAUGACAGUGAUGGGUUGAAUGAAGCCCUUGUCCUUUGAAGCCAGGUGAGCAGCAGUCCAGAGAGCUUGCUCUGCACUUACAGUGGUGUUACCCGUUCUGGCCAGCUGGCGGUGGCUUGUGAUAAAGCAUCUCCUUACUUUUCUGGAUGGAAGGCUGGGUCCUGGGACCCUGCCUCUGACGUCAGGGAGCUGGUGGCCUGCUGUAGGAAGAAGCACAUUACACAGUCGACACCACCGUGCAGCAUGAUUGCUUGACACAGAAGCUUAGCAAUUGCUGGAAAAACUGGAGGAAGAAAUAUGAAACUGUAGUAGUUCACCCAGGAAGAGACUUUGAAGAUGGCAGCUCAGCGGAUCCGAGCCGCCAACUCCAGCGGCCUCCCUCGGUGCAAGUCCGAGGGGACCUUGAUUGACCUGAGCGAGGGCUUUCCAGAAACAAGCUUCAACGAUGUCAGAGUGCCUUCUCCCAGUGCCUUGCUAGGAGACAAUCCCACCCCUUUUGGAAAUGCAAAGGAAGUGAUCGCAAUCAAGGACUACUGCCCAAGCAACUUCACCACCCUGAAGUUCUCCAAGGGUGACCAUCUCUACGUCUUGGACACGUCGGGUGGGGAGUGGUGGUAUGCACACAACACUACAGAGAUGGGCUACAUCCCGUCCUCCUAUGUGCAGCCCUUAAACUACCGGAACUCCACCUUAAGUGACAGUGGGAUGAUUGACAAUCUUCCCGACAGCCCAGACGAAGUAGCCAAGGAGUUAGAUUUGCUCGGAGGAUGGACGGAUGACAAGAAGGGAUCCGGCAAAACCUACAGUAACAACCCUUUCUGGAAUGGGGUCCAAACAAACCCAUUUCUGAAUGGGAACGUGCCAGCGAAGCCCAGCGUGGAUGAGCUGGUGCCCAGAAGUACUGUGGAUUUGCUGCUCUUUGAUACCGGCCCGUCUUCCUUCACGGAGUCCAGCCUGGCCACCACGAGCAGCACCGGUAACAUCUUGGACGAGCUGCCGGCCCCAAAUCCACUCCACGCCGAGCCGCCCGUCAAGCGGGACAACCCGUUCUUCAGAAGCAAACGUUCCUACAGUCUGUCGGAACUCUCUGUGCUCCAAGCCAAGUCCGACGCGCCCACGUCCUCGGGGUUCUUCACGGGCUUGAAGUCACCGGCCCCCGAGCAAUUCCAGAGCCGGGAGGACUUCCGAGCUGCCUGGCUGAGCCACCGGAAGCUGGCCCGGUCUUGCCACGACUUGGACUUGCUGGGCCAAAGCCCCGGGUGGGGCCAGACCCAAGCCGUGGAGACGAACAUUGUGUGCAAGCUGGAUAGCUCCGGGGGCUCCGUGCGGCUGCCUGACACUAGCAUCAGCAUCCAUGUGCCCGAGGGCCACGUGGCUCCAGGGGACACGCAGCAGAUCGCCAUGAAAGCGCUGCUGGACCCCCCCUUGGAACUCAACAGCGACAAGUGCAGCAGCAUCAGCCCGGUGCUGGAGGUGAAGCUGAGCACCCUGGAGGUGAAAACCUUUAUCAUCUUGGAGAUGAAAGUUUCAGCCGAGGUGAAAAAUGACAUUUUUAGCAAAAGCACAGUGGGCCUCCAGUGCCUGAGGAGCGACUUAAAGGAAGGGCCGUAUGUCCCCAUCCCACUCACCUACAGCUAUGGGGACACGGUCCAGGUGCAUCUGGACAACCUGGAGCCCUGUAUGUACCUGGCCAUUGUGGCCCACGGCCCGAACAUUCUCUACCCUUCCACCGUAUGGGACUUCAUCAAUAAAAAAGUCACAGUGGGUCUCUACGGCCCCAAACACAUUCACCCAUCCUUCAAGACUGUGGUGACCAUUUUUGGGCACGAUUGUGCCCCAAAGACUCUCCUGGUCAGCGAGGUCACCCGUCAGGCCCCCAGCCCUGCCCCCGUGGCCCUGCAGCUCUGGGGCAAGCACCAGUUCGUCUUGUCCCGGCCCCAGGACCUCCAAGUCUGCAUGUUUUCCAAUAUGACCAAUUAUGAGGUCAAAGCCGGUGAGCAGGCCAAAGUCGUGAGGGGCUUUCAGGUGAAGCUGGGCAAGGUGAGCCGCCUCAUCUUCCCCAUCACCUGCCAGAACCCCAGCGAGCUCUCCGACUUCACCCUGAGGGUCCAGGUGAAAGACGACCAGGAGGCCAUCCUGACCCAGUUCUGCGUCCAGACUCCCCAGCCACCCCCCAAAAGUGCCGUCAAGCCGUCCGGGCAGAGACGGUUUCUCAAGAAGAACGAGGUCGGGAAAAUCAUUCUGUCCCCGUUUGCUGCCACUACCAAGUACCCAACUUUUCAGGACCGCCCGGUAUCCAGCCUCAAGUUCGGCAAGCUGCUCAAGACCGUGGUCCGGCAGAGCAAGAACCACUACCUGCUGGAGUACAAGAAGGGCGACGCCAUCGCCCUGCUCAGCGAGGAGAAGAUCCGGCUGAAGGGGCAGCUGUGGACCAAGGAGUGGUACAUCGGCUACCACCAGGGGAAGGUGGGCCUGGUGCAUGCCAAGAACGUGCUCGUGGUGGGCAAGGCCAGGCCCAGCCUGCUGUCCGGGCCCGAGCUGAGCACCACGCUGCUGCUGGAGCAAAUCCUGCGGCCAUGCAAAUUCCUCACCUACAUUUACGCCUCCGUCCGGACCCUGCUCAUGGAGAACAUCAGCAGCUGGCGCUCCUUCGCCGACGCCUUGGGCUACGGGAACCUCCCGCUCACCUUUUUCUGCCGAGCGGAGCUGGACAGUGAGCCUGAGCGGGUGGCGUCUGUCCUGGAGAAGCUGAAGGAGGAUUGUAACAACACGGAGAACAAAGACCGCAAGUCCUUCCAGAAGGAGCUCAUGAUGGCCUUACUGAAGUUGGACUGCCAGGGCCUGGUGGUCAGACUCAUCCAGGACUUCGUGCUCCUGACCACGGCCGUCGAGGUGGCGCAGCGCUGGAGGGAGCUGGCCGAGAAGCUGGCCAAGGUGUCCAAGCAGCAGAUGGACGCGUACGAGUCUCCCCACCGGGACAGGAACGGUGUCGUGGACAGCGAGGCCAUGUGGAAACCCGCGUAUGACUUCUUACUAACCUGGAGCCACCAGGUCGGGGACAGCUACCGGGAUGUCAUCCAGGAGCUGCACACAGGCCUGGACAGAAUGAAGAACCCCAUCACCAAGCGCUGGAAACACCUCACGGGUACCCUGAUCCUGGUGAACUCCCUGGACAUUCUGAGAGCGGCCGCCUUCAGUCCUGCAGACCAGGACGACUUUGUGAUUUGAACAGGUCCCCCCACCUGCUGCUGCUCUGGGGGCGCAUCCUCUGACGGUCCUGGAUGCCUGUGCAGUCACGUGGACUGGGGAGGGAGGAAGGCCAGCUACUCAGACACAUCCCGGGUCGCUCGGGCCGGAGCGGCACCCCAGGGCUAACCACAUGCCAUGCUCCACCCGCCGCUACCACGGCGGGGAGGCCUGAGGGGAAUUUCUACUGCAGGUCGUUGCCAAUCAGAUAGCUUUCUAUUUGUUAAGUAUACGUUUAAAUUUAAAGUCACUUUUUUUAAAGUAUGGUGGGCACGGGACAAAUGCGAAAGGCGGUAUCUAACUUUUUUAAUGGACCGUAAAGAUUAAAAACAAAAACAACUUUAGGGGAAGAUGCUGUUGAAGUUUUUAUGUUCUAUAAAGACCUUUUUAAAUUAUGUGACAGAUGUAUAUAUGUAUUUAAAAGUCACUGGGGGCAUUUCUUAUUCCCAGGCACGCUUGGCAUUUCAACACCUAGCACUGGAAGGAAGAUGCUCGUUGGAGUGUUGGACCUUUUCCACUCCAUACUCGUAAAAGAGGAAAUCAGAUAGGAACCAUGGUUUUUCAGUCAGUACAGCUCAAGUGCAUUCUCCCGAAGAACGUCCUGGGUCCUGCUGUCCCCUCUUGUUAUUGUUUUCCGUCCCUUUGCCUCAUGGUGCAGUAAAUGACCAGCCACGGCACACGUGGACCUUUUUGUGGGCAACACUAAGUCCCCCACAAGUAAUUGGUGCCCUUGAGAUGAGGACGCAGCUGGGAAGUUCCUCAUGGCCCCUCCUGUAUGCAGUUAGUCAUUCAAAAGAAACGGUGCCAGCUGUGAGUGAGGUGGUCCCUGUGGGCUAAGAUGCCAUCAUCAAGUUUCUCCCUGGGGCCAGGGAAGCACUUCCUGCAGAGCUCCGCCCUCCCGGUGGCUAUGAAGGAAACUUCACCACAAAGGACACCCUGUGCUGAUGUGCAAGGGUGCCUGCUGCCACUUGCCAAACCCCACUUCAUUUCAUCUAAACUUCAACCCCUCUGCCUUCCUGCUGUGUCCCAUGUCUCCUUGGAAAUGGAUGGUAUCAGGAAGCCAUUUUUAUUUAUAAUAUAGAUUAUCUGAGCAGGAGGAAUGUUCUGAAAAUGAAAAUAUCUCCCACGUAAAAUCUAGGACUUGGCAAAGUGUUGUAUUGGUGACCUUUCUGGUUGUACAUCAACUUGCCUUGUUGAGUUCUAUGCUUGCACUGUAGCUGUGGCAUCUUACAAGGAAUAAGGAGCAGAACUGAAGAAGUAUCUGGCGGAUCCACAGAGCUGGUCCCCAAGAGUGUGCCAGGACACGCCCUGUGCUCGUAUGACGUGAUGUUGGGCCACUUGGGGCCCCAAAUCUCAUUCUCCUCGUCUUCUGCUUUCUCAGAACAUGUUAACUACUUAGUCUAAUCAAUGCAUAACCGCUUGUUGGGCUGAGACAUUCUUUUAUCUCUAUUGAUUCAUUUACUGAAGAUCAACUGGCUAGAAAAAAACAAUACACACACACACACACACACACACACACACACAAAAACCACUAUGUAUAUUAUGCUGCAAGAACCAAGAUACACAAUUCCCCAGUCAUCACGAAACAACCUUAAAUCCUGCUUUUCGACUGUCCGCCUUUGUUCCAGAGAUCAUCUCUCACCUUUUCCCCAAAGAAGAAACAAAACCAGUUGCACCUUAAACCAUGGAUAUUUUUCCUCAGGGGCUUAAAAUAGUUUCCUAUGCAACAUGUCUUGUAGCACAAAUUAAAUCCUACAAAAGUUGCAGUAAAUUUUAUUUG